ACAAAACCCCAAACCCCUCUUUCCCUCCCUUUUUUUUGUCCCCUUCUUCCCCCUUCUCCCAAAACAACAAAACUUGCUUCUUCCAUUAAAGAAAAAUCAAAAGAAACCUUAAGAGAAAAAAAAUGCUCUCAAGAGUGGAUGGCAUGGGGUGGCUUUCCGGCGGCGGCGAAGAUAAUACCGCCGCCGCGAGGAGCGGCAACGAUGGCGGAUUAGAAGCUGGCCUGGACAUGUCCGGGCUUUCUUCUUUCAAAUCCUUGCUGGAAGGCGAAGACGUGGGGUGGUACCUACCCAGCUUCGCCUCCUCGGCAAUGCCGGCCCACGGCGGCGGCGGCGGCGGGGAAAUUUCAUUUGCCGGAAAUUUCCCGGAGGUGGCGGUUGACCAUUCGGCCUCUCUGUUUUUAAACCCGGUGGAAUCUUCUUCUUCCUGUUCUCCCUCCUCUCAGGCCCACCACUACUUUUUAGGCCCCAAAUCCGCACCGGUUCCGAGUUUGUUGAACCCGAUCGAAACCGGGUUCGAUUUGGGCUGCGAAAACCCGUUCCUCGACACCCACUUCCGAACCGGGCUUCUGAACGGCGGCGGGUUCUGCGAUUUCGCCCCGCAGAACCCGAUCGGGGCUCCGGAUUUCAAUUUGGGAUCUCAGUUUCUGCAAUUCCCCCAAAUCGGAGCGCUAGGGUUCGGGGAGGGGCUCAAAUCGUUCAGCCAGAGGCCGAAACUGUUGAAGCCGCUCGAUAAUUGCGGCGCCUCCGGAUCUCAGCCGACUCUGUUCCAGAAGAGGGCGGCGCUGAGGAAGAACAGCAUCGCCGAUAAGAGCGGAGGUUCCGAUGACGGGAUCGGCAGCGAUGAUACGAAGAGGGCGGAUACGAAGGUGGAUGAAUUGGACUAUGAUUCGGAGAAGGACGUGGAGGAGGACGGCGAUAAUAAGAAGAAGAGGAAGAGUGAUGAUGGCGGCGGCAGCGGAGGAGGAGGAGGAAUGAGCUCCAACGCGAACAUUACGGCGGUCACGGGAGGCGGAGAUCGGAAAGGGAAGAAGAAGGGGAUGCCGGCGAAGAACUUGAUGGCGGAGAGGCGGCGCCGGAAGAAACUGAACGACAGGCUUUACAUGUUGAGGUCUGUGGUCCCUAAGAUUAGCAAGAUGGACAGGGCAUCAAUCUUAGGGGAUGCAAUAGAGUACUUGAAGGAGCUGUUGCAGAAAAUAAAUGACCUCCAAAAUGAACUCGACCCCUCCGCCGCCGCCACCCCGUCCACCUCCGCCGUGCUCACCCCAACGGCCGCCGCCUCGAGCUUCUACCCUCUUACCCCCACCGCCUCCUCCCUCACCUCCCGUAUCAAAGAAGAAAUCUCUCCCUCUUCCUUCCCCAGCCCCCUCUCUAGUCCCACCGCACAACCCGCCAGAGUAGAAGUGAGGGUAAAAGAGGGAAGAGCGGUAAAUAUACAUAUGUUCUGCAGCCGUAAACCGGGCCUCUUACUCUCAACAAUGCGGGCCUUGGACACUAUUGGGCUUGAUGUCCAACAGGCCGUUAUCAGUUGCUUCAAUGGCUUCGCCAUGGAUAUCUUCCGAGCCGAGCAAUACAAGGAAGGAGACAUUCAUCCUGAACAAAUCAAAGCAAUACUUCUCGACUCUGCUACGCUGGCGAAAGGGAUGAUCUAAGCUUCCAACUCAAGCGUGUUGUCAAUGUGCCUU